AUGUAUUCUAAAUUUAUACAACAAUCACAAUCAUAAAAAAUAAGUGAACCUGCUACAAGAAUUUUCCGUUUUGAAAAGUAAUCAUCUCUAAGAUAAAAAUUAAAAUCAAAUGAAACUGACAAUGAUGCAAUAUCAAGAAGAGAUAGAGCAAUCAAAUCAGUCGUAUUUAUUAUUAAUAUAUUAGACAAUUAUAUAAGAGAUAAUAGUUUCUUCUACUAAUUCUAACAAUCCUAAAAAAUUACUCAAAUUGAUAAGUUAAUUUAUGUCAUAAGAACAUAAUAUGCAAUAAAUUACUGAAUAAUUAGAUAAACAAUAGAUUGUGACAUUGUUCCUUAACAUUCAUCUUUUUCAAAUACCAUAACUAGUUCACUUUCUCCAUCUACUUUAUGAUUGUCUCUUAUAAUGGGAUACAUAAUAUUAGGAUGUUUUUAAAUAUAUAUUGUUACUUAACUAUGAAUUAUACUAAGGUUAAGCUGGAUAAUUAACUAGAAUACUUGAAAUCUUGUCUGAAAUGUAAAUGCUUAAUCCUGAUUUCAGUGCUUUUGAAAAUGAGUUCUAAUUUGAUAUUGAAGAAGUAAGAAAAUUCUUAAUUCAAUCUAGAUUUCCAAUUCAUUUAAUCGUGUUUAAUUAAGAAUAUUAUUCUUAUCUAGUUCUAUUGAUAUAUUACAUUCAUUGAAAGGUUCUGUUGCUCUAUUUGAAUAAUUAGAAACCUUUGUAUUUUCAUCUAUUAAAAAAAAUGAAAUCCCUAAUUUCAAUGAUUUAUAAACACUUGUUAUAGCCUAUAUAUUAUUAAGUGAAUAAUUAGAUAUCUCAAAUAAAUUAGGUUAUGCUAAAUAAGCACUUGAAAUUAUAGGCAAAAAUCCUGAUUAUUCAAUAUUUGAAUUGAAAAAGAGAUUCAUAAUGAAUGCAACCAAAUUAUCACAAAAAUAUCUAGGAUAAUAAAUAUAUGAUUAAUUAUUAAGUAUAAAUAGAUCAUUUAGUCCUGGAUUUACUAGAUAAUCAAUUACUCAUCUAAACUAAAAAGAUAAUUAAUUUUUUAAAUUCUUAGUAUCAUAAUUAAAAAUAACAUAUGCAAUUGAUAAUGAUUCAAAUUUUUAAAUUGAUUCAAAGUGUAAUAGUUUAUUAACUGAACCUAUGAUCAAUUAAUUAUUAGAUAGGUAUAUUAUUUAAAUAAACAAUAGAGUAAUUCCAUAAUCAAUUAAAAAAGAAAAAGUAAAUUCAACAUUUACUGAACAAAGUCAAUAAGAUAAAAAACCAAUUAUAAUAAAGAAAUAAUUCUCAAUAAAAUAAUUAAAACAAGAAAACAUCUCAUCCUCUUAAGUUUAGGUACAAAAUUAAGUUUCAACUCCUUCUUAAAAAAAUCAAGCAUAAUAAUCCACAUCUUAAUAUAAAUAAAAUACUUCAAACAAAUUAGACUCUAAUGAAUUUGAAAUUUUAUAAAAUAAAUUAGUUCAUUAAUAAUAAGAAUUAUAAGAAUUAAAGUAAUUAUAUGCUAAUUAAAUGUUGUAAAAGAAGUCAGAUCAAAGUGUACAACAAAAUUAAUAAAAUGAAUAAUUAAAAAAGAAAAUAGAGUCAUUAGAAGGUAAUCUUGUUUAAUUAAAGAAUGAGAAUAAUAUUUAUAAAAAAGAAAAAGAUCAAAAAUAAAAUGAAGUUCAUGAAUUGAGAUCAUUUAUUCAAGAUUUAUAAGAUAAAUAAUAAAAAUUAGAAAAACUAAUAUAAUAAUAAUAAUAAUAACAAUAAAUGUAAUCAUAAUAAUAAUAAACUCUUCUCUAAUAAUAAUUAGCUAAUCCAGCACUUUAAUAUUUAAAAACUCAAUAAAGUAGUUAUUCAACAAAAGCUAAUACUAAUAUGAAUAUAUAAAUACCAAUUAGUAAUUCUGAAACUAAAAAUAGAUAACUAAUAAGAGGUCAAAGUUAAUUGAGUCAUUCACCUGGUGAAGAAUUCAAAAAUGAAAUGGAUGAUACUAGUCCUAGAAUUAUAAGAUAAAAUUAAACUUAUUUACUUCAAUUAUUAGAUCUUCUUGAUAUGAAUACAGGAUUCACUAAAAUAUAUAAUAAAUUACAUUCUACAAAUGAUAAUAAUCCUUGGGAAAGUGAAGUAACAGUAAUUCAUAACUUUAAAGUUGAUGCCAUGAUAACAGAUUCUAAUGAAGGAAAAGUUUUGAUGUUAAAAGCAUUUAAUUCAUAAAACAAUUAAAUUUGUUCAGAAUAAAUACCAUUUGAUCUCCUUAAAAGUUUACUUGGUUAUGUAGAUUUUCAAGACUCUUUGCCAACUAAUUUACCAAAUAUUAGCACUACUCAUCAAUUCUUUAAAUUCUUAAUUCUACCAUACACUGCUGUUGUUCAAGAUGAUAAUACUCAAUAAUAUAAAAUAUAACUUUGGCCUAAACCUUAUGGAAUAUUAAAUGGAUUGAAUUUAAAAUUAGAUUUCCUUGAUUUCAAUUGUCUUGUUUAUGUACAUCAUUUAGAAACUGAUUAAUUUAGAAUAAUAAUUUUCGAUCCUGCAAAUUAUGAUUGUUUUAAGCUAGAUUUAGAAUUAGAUUAUUCUACUAUGGAUAUAUUCUUCCAAGAUGCUAAAUCUAUUAAAGAUGAAUUUAAUUAUUAUUGUAAAAGUAAAUUACUAAGACUAACUGAAAAAUCUCCUAAAUUUGGAGAAGAUGAUGUUGCUGAAGCUUUAGUUGAAAGACAUUUCUCUAAAGAAAAAGUCAAAGCAGUUAUUGCAGAAGCUAAACCAACUUAAUCCUUCUCUUAAGAAUAAAUUACAUUGAAAUCACCUCUAGAAUUUCUUAAAUAUAUUAAAUUUAUUGUAUAAGCUUUUGAAUAAUAACUCAAAGCUUUAUAAAUUACUUUUGCUAAUAGUAUAUUGGGAAUGAAGUACUUCAGAUGUAAAACAUGGAAUGCAGGCACCAAAAGUUAAAUAUAAAUCAUUAAAGAAUAAAUAGAUUAAUAAUAAUUAUCUAUUCAUCUAGUAAAUUGUUUUGAAUCAUUUGGACCUAAUAAAACUAAACUUAAAGUUAAAGGUAAUACUCUUAUUCAUUUUUCUGCUAUUCAAAGAGAAUUUGCUGUAUCUUAUGAUAAAUUAUAGAAUGAAGAGAGAGCAACCAUUUUAUAAACUAUAUUAUACUCCUAUAACCUUAAUAUAUUUGAAAAAUAAUAUGAAUAAGAUGAGUAAUAAUUUGAUAAAAAUCCUAUUAUUUAAAGUAUUUAUGAUUGUGGAUCAUAUAAAAAGUAUAUUAUAUUUAAAUAUUAUAAGAGUAAUUGCUUUUGAUAAUGGUAAAAUAAGUUAAGUUACAAUCUAAGUUAUUGGAUCCAAUAGGAGAAUGUGUGGAAUCAAAUUCUCAGUAUUUAAUAUUGAUGAAACUAUUGAGAAUGGAGUAUUUCUACCAGUUUCUCAAAUUGAAUGGGAUACUAGAGCUAUGGAAAAACAGAAAAUUAAGGCAUCAGUUUAAAAUGUACCAUUUGCAGAAUAUUUGCUUACUUAGAUUCUAAAAUGUCCAACCACUUCAUCUGUAAACAACUUAAUAUUAAUAAUUAUAGAUAUUAUUUAAGAAAAUAUUAAAUUCUGAUUUUAAAUCAAAUCAAAUUAAUAGUAAUGAAAUUAAGAAUAGAAAAACAUUCAUUGAAAGAAUUGAUAAUAUAUUAACUUGGCAAGAAGUGAUUGCUAAUUUAUGA